AUGAGUAGACCUAAUAAAUCAUUGACAAAAUAUAAGAUUGUCUUUUUAGGAGAACAAGGUGUUGGUAAAACAUCUUUGAUUACUAGAUUCAUGUAUGACACUUUCGAUGACCACUAUCAAGCCACAAUCGGUAUCGAUUUUCUUUCCAAGACGAUGUAUCUAGAUGAUAAAACAAUCAGAUUACAACUUUGGGAUACUGCAGGUCAAGAAAGAUUCAGAUCAUUAAUCCCAUCUUAUAUUAGAGACUCUAGAGUAGCGAUUGUUGUGUAUGAUAUAACAAAGAAAAAGUCAUUCGAUUGUAUUGACAAGUGGAUAGAGGAUGUUAAAAACGAAAGGGGUGAAGACAAUGUGAUAUUAUGUGUCGUUGGUAAUAAAAGUGAUCUUACUGAUGAAAGACAAGUAUCUACCGAAGAUGGUGAAAAAAAGGCAAAGGAAUUGGGUGCCAAAAUAUUUAUGGAAACUUCAACAAAGGCAGGUUACAAUGUUAAAAAUCUAUUUAAAAAAAUUGCAAAAUCCUUACCAGAAUUUCAAAAUUCUGAAUCAACUCCAUUGGAUGAAACUGAAAAUAGUGACAAUACAAAAAAGACUGGAAUUAUUGAUAUUACUACAAAUGAUGAAUUACAACAAAGUAGUUGUCAAUGUUAA